CCCUGCUUCCUGACUGUCGCCACGCUCACACCAGGGUCCUGAGAGGUCCUCCACUGACUCUUCUGAAUCUACUGCUGCGAAACCCUCAUAUCUGGGCUGCAAUCUUCUCGCUGCGAUCUCGGACGUUGCGCAUAUACUACACCUAUCCCUCAACACACACACAACUCCUGCGCAACACCCUUGACCUUUGUACAAGACAUCGAGCUCUCCCACCUUCGACAUGUCUCUGAUAACAGCAUGCGUCGCCCAGGGCACGAACAUCAUCGCCCAGCACCAGACGGAUACCUCCAGAGGCAACUUUGCUCAGGCGACGCAGACGAUCCUGGAGAAGAUCCCGCCGAACGAUAGCAAGCUCACCUAUGUCUGGUCCACCUACCUCUUCCACUACAUCUCCGAGGCUGGCUACACGUACCUCGUCAUGGCGGACGACAGCGCGGGGCGGCGGAUGCCGUUUGGGUUCUUGGGCGCGGUGAAGAAUCAUUUUCUGGAGGACCCGGAAGCCUUCACGAGCAGCGCGCUCGCGAAGCUGAUGCACGAGUUCAACACGGCGCCGCCGCAGGACGAGCUCGCGCGGGCGCAGAAUGAGCUGCAGAGUGUGAAGGACAUCAUGGUCCAGAACGUCGAGCAGAUCCUCUCCCGCGGCGAGCGCAUCGAGCUGCUCGUGGACAAGACGGACCACAUGGCGGGGCAGGCGACGGCGUUCCGGCGCGGCGCGCGCACGGUGCGGAGGCAGAUGUGGUGGCGGAAUACGCGGGUGGUGGCGCUGGGGGUGGUGGUGGGGGUGAUCCUUGUCUGGGUCUUCAUGGCGCAGUUCUGCGGUGCGGGGCUCAACCAGUGCGGGCAGAAGAAGCACGAGGCGCCGCCGACUGGGGGGGAGGGGAGUGCGUGAGGGGUGAGGAGGGGAGCCCGUGAGGGGUGGGGCGCUCGUGAGGGGAGGGGAGGGGAGCUCGCAGAGCUUGAAGGGGAUCUCGCAGAGCUUGAAGAGGAUCGAUAGCCGCAGAGCUUGAAGAGGAUGCUAGUCGCGCGCAUGAGUCACGCAUCUAACAGUCGGUAUAAUUGUGUAUAUGUAUCCAUAGGUUUUGCUUGUUGAUUCUCUUUUCUCCUUCUGUCAUUUCGUCCUGAUCGCUCAGACGCAAGCUCGGACGGGAAAAAGUUAGCUUGGACGGGAAGAAAGUA